GCCUUUUCUCUGGAUCAUGUGACCUGGUCCGCCUCUCUCAAGCCCCCACAUAAAAUUGUUGUAGUUGUGGUGACUGCUGCUUCAGAUUGCUCACUCUCUCGCUGCUGCCCAAGUAAACCUUGACAGCAAUGGAGAAUUACAAACAGUUCGUGGUAGCUCUGUCUGCCGCCGCAGCAGCCGGGCUUGUCACCAUUGUAUUCGUGCUGAGGUGGGUCCUUUACUACAGAGAAGGUUUAGCCUGGGAUGGAGGGCUAGCCGAAUUCAACUGGCAUCCGGUCUUACAUCUGGCCGGCUUCAUUUUCUUGAAUGGAGCAGGUGAGAGGGGUCUUUUCUCUUAAGACAUUUUAUAGCGGAUAAAAUCAUGAAGACACAUAAGCUGCUAAUGAUAAACUUUUAGGAUGCGCACGAAAUGAAUACUUAAAUCCAUACUAAGAAACUUACUUUACGCUAGGAACUCAUAGCUUCUUAAGAUAAAACAUCUUUACACAUGGCAUGUUGAAUCUACCAUAGGGCUGGGCGAUAUGGGAAAAAGUUUAUCACAAUAUAUAUUUUUGAUAUCAAUAUAUCACAAUUGAAAAUUUUAAUUCAACAGUGCUUAUUGGUAGCAUGUCUUUUCCAAUACAAUAAGCUACUGCAUCUGUGAGGUCUUUGUGUCUCUUUGAUGUUUUGUCGUAAGGCGGUGCGCUAGAGAAAGAGGACUGAAUAGUCGGCUGUUUCAGCCGCACAGGAGGUAGCACUCAUUUUCUUUUUUUCUCACUGACAGUGCUGUCUGCUUCACGUGUUAUAGUGCUAUGGUUGCGUGUUGCUGCAGCCUGCUACUUUGCAGUUGUUUACUACUUGGUUCUUCAGCACAUGAUUGGUUCGGUGCGAAGCGGACCCGGAGCAACUCCUGUUUUCAUUUGCUAAUUGUCUAGCCUACAAUACAUUUUUUUAAUCUGAAAAGUUUUGUGUAAUCUUAAAAAAACGAUUUAAUUAAUUACACCUUUUAUACCAAACUUCACAAAUUGCUUAACUGACCCUGUGUCACCCUGUGUUGCAGCCAUCAUUGUCUUCAGACUCCCCUGGACCUGGCAGUGCAGCAAAGUAACAAUGAAGUUCAUCCAUGCAGGCUUAAACUUGGCAGCAUUCAUUUGUGCUAUCAUUUCUUCAGUGGCAGUUUUUGACUUUCACAAUGCUGCCAAAAUCCCCAACAUGUACAGUCUGCACAGCUGGGUGGGCCUGGUAGCCAUUUCACUGUUCUGUCUGCAGGUACAUAGAUCAGCACUUGAAAGAAGCUUCUAGUGUGACUUAGUUGUCAUGUUACAAUGCUUUUUGUUAUACGCAGUACAAAAUUAAGUUUUUGUCAGCAUUACAAGCCUGUUUUUAUCGUAGAAUAGACAUAAACAACUUUAACCUCUUGCAUCUGUGUCUCUUCUGAAACUUGAAACCACAGUGAGCAGCAGUCUUGAUAAGCAAGCACAAUGGAGUAAAUGUUUUUUCUCCUCCUUCAAUGGGCAGAUUGUUCUUUCAAUCGGCAUCUUCUUGGUGCCAUUUACACCAGUAUCCUGGAGAGCAGCACUUAUGCCCCUCCAUGUGUUUGUUGGACAUUCACUCUUUGGCAGUACUAUAGCUGUGGCACUCAUGGGCAUAACAGAAAAACUGAUUUUUGGCCUGUAAGUAUAAAAAAAUGAGUAAAUGUCAGUAGUAGCUGAUGUCGUCACACGUUAUAACUGUUAAUGUAACCAUUGUUUUUUUUUUGCUUCGUCAUCAAGGAGCGACCCAAAGUAUAAGGAUUCUCCCCCUGAGGCGGUUUUUGUGAAUGCCAUGGGAGUGCUUGUUGUGGCCUAUGGUGUCGCAAUCCUCUGGAUUUCCACUCGACCGUCUUGGAAACGUCCCAAUGACCAGGUUUUGCAUGUUCUGAAUUCCAGUGCAGGAGCUGAGGUCAAAACCAAAAUGGGUCCCUCUCUGUCUCGGCUUUCUGAUUAAACUGAAGCUGAGGGCCGUGCAGAUGUCAGGAGGAGGGGCAACAAAUUAGAUGACUAGACUAACUGAUUAUAAAGAGCUGAUUUAAAAAGUAUGAGAAUGUGUAACCAAACUGCACGACACAGAAAAUAUUAAAGAUUUAUAUAUCUCCAUGUGCUGAUCUUCCAUACACAACUUAAUCUCUUUGCACCUUAAAGUAUUUGUUGUUGUCUGCGCUUUAGGCUAGUCUGCUGUUACAUUUUAUAUAAUAAGCACAUGCAAAUAAAGUAAGGUACUUUAUAGAAAAUAGGACAACAAUGCUGGUAUACACCGUUUAUAAAAUGUCCAAAUGUCUGUCUUAUCCUGAUGUAUUUGUAUUCUCAUUUCUUAUAUUUUAUAAAUGAAAAAAAAAUGCUCAGAAGUAAAUGUGAAAGAAUAAACAUUUGUAACAACUGACUUUUA